UUACUGGUAGCUUUCUAGUAAGAUCAUAAGUAUCACCAAACACCAUGUUUGUGCCGAUUGUCCUUGCGACGGUCUGCCUUGCCAGCAGCACGGUCUUGGCUGCUUAUGACAAACCAUUAUACGACGUGGAAGAAGCUGAGAGCCUGUUCAAGGAGUUUCUCCAAGAGCAUAAGAAAGUAUACAACCGGAGGGAGUAUUACGAAAGGCUUGAGAUUUUCAAGCAAACCUUAAAAACUAUAAAUGAGCAAAAUGAGCAGUUUCCUGAUACUGUAUUUGCAUUAAAUCGUUUCGCUGACUUGAAACCUCACGAGUUAGAGUGUUAUCGUGGUUUCAAACUCCCAAAAGAUAUAAAUUUGACGAAUGUUGAAAUCACCGAGGGAUUGGAUAGUGCGCCUGAAUCAUUUGACUGGAGAACAAAAAAUAAGGUCACACAUGUUAAGGACCAAGGACAAUGUGGCAGUUGCUUCAUCUUCAGUGCUGUUGGCGAUAUUGAAGGGCAGUAUGCUAUUAAACAUGGCCAGCUCGUAGCUUUGUCCGAAAAACAGGCUCUCGACUGCCUUACUGUUGGAACCUGUCAAGGAGGAUACAUGGAAAAAGUUAUGCAGGAAUUAGCUCAACGACAAAUGAAGUUGGAUAAAGAAGAGGAUUAUGUCCCCUACGAAGCAAAGAAAGGAACCUGUAAAAAUGACCCCAGCAAGGGACUUGUCCAGUGCACAAGCGGUGUGAGGAAACAAAUAAUGGACGAAGAACAGUUGAAGGCCGAAUUAGCCAACCGUGGACCUAUCUCGAUUGCUAUAAACGCCAAUGACUUCGGCAAUUAUCAGAGCGGCGUAUUAUUACCUAAUCUGUGCAAAGGACAACAAGUUGACCAUGCCGUGCUUUUGGUGGGAUACGGAGAAGAAAACGGCAAAAAGUUCUGGAUAAUCAAGAAUUCGUGGGGACAGUGGGGCGAGCAAGGCUACGUAAGAUUGUUGCGAGGAGUCAACGCAUGCGGUAUUGGGUCUUACAUAGCCGAAUCCACUGUGGCAUAACUCUCUAUUAUUAUGUUAACUGAGUAUUAAAAUAAAAUCACGAAGCACCACAUCAUAGAUCAUAGCAAAAUUCUAAAUCAAAUCUAAGGAGUAAAAAGCAGUUCCUUGCCUCCCACUUUGCCUUCUUGAAUCACAUUAACAUACAUAUUUUAUCUUUUAUUAUGGUUUACAUGGCAAAGCCACAUAAAUGCUGACCAUCUGCAACGUGAAAUUUAACAGCGAAGCGUACUGCAAUCUUCUUAAUCAUUGUUAUUUGUUUAAUUAAUAUCAUCAUCAUUUAACUAUUGGAUAACAAAUAAAU